AAGCCCUAAUCCAGCCUAGCCGGGCCAACAGCGCCAAAUUCCCCGUUUCGACGAAAUCGAUACCCGAUUCGCCCUUCGGACGGCCCGGAUCGCUGUCUUCGUCGCGAAUCGCAAGUCGGGGAAUUAAUUCGUCGCCUAUUUUGCCGUCAAGUCGCCGUACAUACUCCACGUCCACGGCAAGCCGGAGGAGCCGAGCGGGCCCGCUCGACCCGACGAUCGGAAGCGGAACCCCAGCAGGACACGCUGUCAUCCCAGAUUUGACAUUUGACUGUUGUGAUUCGUGAUCGGCUGCGCGAGUUGAGUGGAUCGUCCAUCAAGGUGACUGCAACUGGAGCAGCAUCCACGUGUUCUCGAGAAUCAAGGCAUCAUCAAUUUUUUUUCACAUCUUACUUGGGAAUUCGUGACAAUCGCCGAAGGCUUUUGGCCUGUUUGAUUUCAAAGCGCCACCAUGCCAACAAGUUCUGAAAUAGAGAGGGAAAUUCGCCAACGAGCUGAGCGUAGGAAGCAGGAACUUCUGGAAGCGCUUCGUGGAGGUGUCCUGGGUCAAAGCAAGAUAUCCUCCAAUGACAAAGCAAGCGUUCAGAAAGGAUUAGAUAUGCCUGUAACAUGGGCUGAAAUGAGGAGACGUUCAGCAGGUGGAAAGGAAAAUGAGUCUCCAAAGCGAGUCUCUGACCUGCUGUAUCCAGCAAGACCGGCUAGAAGUGUGUACAACAGUCCCCUUAUCAAAACCAACAGGUCGCCGUUAUGGAAGAGUCCUCUGUCCUGUGCUGAUUUAUCGCUGUCACCAAAUGGCCUGGGCACUUCAAGCAGCAGGGACGAACUGAAAGCCAAGAGCCAAGAGCUUGGCGCAUUGAGCACCUCUAUUUCAACUGAACCAACUGCGCCACUCCUUUCCGACUUCUCACCACGGAAGAACACUUUGUUGUCCAAAGAUCAGAGACUCUACCCAAGUUUGCCAAGAGCAGGUCCAGAUGAAGGUCUUAAAUCUCCCAACGAAGAGAAGAAGAUAAAAGAACAGUGCAAUCGCUUAACUGCUAAUGCCUCAAGAAAAAGUAGUCAUGAUUCUUUUGUUCACUCAGUGCGCAGCAAGUUUGAAAAUAUCAAUAACACCCCCCUGACAACAUUUACAGGCGAUAACACAUCUGAUGGAUAUUCUUUUGGUAAAAAUUCAGAAGAUGAUAUUGAGGACACUUAUGACAUGGAUAGAUUUCUAGAGGAAGCUUUGGGAUCAGCCCUCCAUUUAAAUUCAACCAUUGCUGAUGAUAGAUCAACAGAUUUUUCUGCAGAAGAUUCACUUCAUAGUAUCGAGUCUUACCGAACUCCUACAAAGAUUUGCCCAACCAGCACCGUAAGAUCAUCUGUGCGUCUUUCAAAACCUACUCCUGUCCCUGCUGCAGGUACCUACAGUAUUGCAAAAAGUGCAGUUCACAAUGAUAAAGUAAGUCACCUGCUGAAAGAUGCUGAUGCUCACCAACAAGUUAUCGCACAGGCCAGUAAGGCUUUGACCAUCUGUCGAUCUUCUAAAACAUUCUUCAAUUCUUCAUCUUUGGUUGAUGCUGAACGAUUACUCCUUCUGGCAACCAUGCGUCAUAAGGCUGUUCUGGAUGACAUUAGAGGACUUCUACCUCACCCUGAAAGCACUAAAGACUUCAAGGGUCGAUUAUGUGCCUCAGAAAUUUCUGCUCAGAUUAAAGGAGAUUCUCUGAAAUGGGGCAAAACUGAAAACGACAAAGAUCUAUGGUUUCUGUGUGUGUUAAGCCAUGGUCAAGAAGUUAUUGCAUCAGAAGCUGUGGCAUACGAACCUGGGGUGAAGUUCAUAACUUUUACUAGUAAACUGGAGCUCUCAAACUUGUCUGCCUCAUUUGUUGCAUUAUUGCAAAUUUACACUCUGCGUACAUACAAACCUCAGCUCAGCCAUAAAAGUAAACUUAGUAAGGCUUGCAAACUUCUUCGGCGCCGAAGUAAGUCAUGUUUGGACCACACUGGCAGUUCAGAACAGCUUCUACAUUUGCGGACUCCUGCCUUUGCUCUCUCGGGAUCUGUAUCAGUUGACCUUUCUCAAAUCAGUUCCACACAGCCACAGACUUUACAAUUGGACAAAGUCCCCAUAAUGUCUCCCCUUCGUGGUAGUGUGUCAGUUCGACUGUCGACAUGUCUCACUAACAGCAUCGAGCUGAGUGGUUUCCUCACCAUCCUUGAGAAAGUUGGAUUGAGAAGUCAUGCAUGGCAAAGACGUUGGUGCCAUCUUAGUGAUUUACGUUUGCACUUCUGGAAUUAUCCUGCCGAUCAAGAUGAAAAGGUACCAAUAGAUAUUAUUGACUUGAGAUGCUGUUCUUCUGAGAAGGUCGAGGUUGCACCUCGCCAUCUGUGCGCGCGUAGCCGCACAGUAAUGCUAGAGACUACUCGCCUAAGCAGUCCUUAUGACAUGAAUUCAACCAUCAUGGAAUGUAACUCUGAUACCACGGUUGUCAGGUAUUUCUUAAGUUUUGACUCUGCAAAAGAAAUGAGUGAGUGGGUAUCAGUUCUGAACCAAGUCCUUUCAUCUAUCAAAGAAUGGAACUUAAAGGAGUGUAUUAUGCAUGCCUAAAUUUGUUUGCCUUUGUGAAUCUCUGUUGUGAUUUGUAAAUUUGUUUAGUCAUUAAUUUUAGAUCAAUGUAUUAUUCUUUAUUGGGUGGUUCCAAUCUAUCAUGUGAUGAUUUACUUUUAUCUGACAUAAUUUUAUAAAAUGUUUCUGACAAAAUCUAUAUUUAUCUGAAUUGCUUGAAAUAAAAUGAAUUUGAGGUUGUAU